AUGAGCUCAACAGAACACCAACCUAGUCGACUUCGACGAUGGCUAGACUGGGCCAUUGGCAGAACGACCAGCCCCCCAGCUGAGACUCAACCUAGCGAAGCGACAGCGCUGCUCGCAUCAAUCGGUGCAAUCAUGGACAGAAAGCAAAUUCCGCCAGAGCUUCGCCUCAUGAUAUUCGGUUACGUCCUACCGGACGAGCCUGCUUGGGACAUUGGUAGUCACAGUUCGAUUCCAGAUUGGGUGACUCCAGACCUCGAAGUCGUAUGGUUCCAAAAUACCAAUUUCUACUUGCCAGUUCCCAGUGGCCUGGGUCGUUACCAGUACAACACUGAUGUCACUUUGGAGACCAAUGCAAUCAGGUUUCUGAGGAGGCUCUCCAAUCGAAAGAAUCCUCAUCCAGUGACAGUCGAAAUUCUCAUUGCAGAAAACUCAAAACUCAAAAACAGUCAUGCAUCUUUCCACAGAUUGUUCCUCGCCAGUUACCAUCUUGGAGACCGCCAGGAUCUACUCGAUAUGAACAUCGUCCUCGAACGCCCCCAUGGUGGGAGGUUGAAUGCCUCGCCAGAAAUCGCGGACGCUCUCAGAGAACGUCUGCUGAGAUGUUGCGCAAUCAUGAAGCAGUUCAAGGACGGUAUUCUCAGCUUGAAGGAAGUUUUCGAAAUGGUCGGAGUGGUUUUCGACCCGACCGUUGUCCAAGUCUUCUCGCCCGAAAGUCUUGUGGCAAGAUUAUUGUCACGGGAGAUCCCUAACGCUUGUCAAGGUCUGAGGAAAGCUAUACUCAGGAUGCAGGAAACCGCGUCGUAUGAGGCAGUGGCACGUGACUUAGCGGCAGCGAACGAGAGAUAG